GCGGGCGGCCAUGUUCAUGUUGGCGGCGCGCUCACUUAACGGAAAUUCAAACAGAAAACCAGAAGCCAGACUAAGUGCAACAGGGGUUACAAAGAUAAUUUAUCGAACGAGUACUUGGCCGUUUAAAACAUGAAGCCUGUUCUUCACGUUGAGGUGGUGCAGAAAAAAGAUAGCAAUUUACUGGAAACAACUCUCAACAACUAUGUUCUUGCGGGUCUGGCUGGCCGAAAGUUUUCGAAAGGAGCAACUUUUAAAAACUUGUCGAAUGAACUUCUCUCAGACCAUGUUGAAUCCAUUCACAUCUGUGAUGAAACUAAUACUGAAGCUAUACAGUCAAUAGAAGACUACGAUCUCCAAAUUCAUAUUUUCAAGUUAGAUAAUGAAGGGGUUCAAACAGAAUGUAUUCAGAGUGGUGAUGGAGAUGGACAAGAAGUGUCCGCUGCACAGCAUUGGCUGCUUCCAUCCCGUGAUUUUCAUGGCUUAUGGGAAAAUCUUAUCUACGAAUUUAACAUUAAGGAAAAUCUUCUUCAGUGUAUGGAGACAACACUUCUUUUCUCCGACCGAAAUGUUUCUCCCUUUGUCAUCACAUGGAAUCGUGUCAUUCUGUUACACGGACCACCAGGAACAGGCAAAACUUCCCUCUGCAAGGCUCUAGCUCACAAGCUUGCAAUCAGGCUUUCUAAACGAUACUCUCAAGGCCAAUUACUAGAAGUUAAUAGCCACAGCUUAUUUUCCAAAUGGUUUUCAGAGAGUGGAAAACUAGUAAUGAGAAUGUUCUCCAAAGUUCGAGAACUUGCUGAAAAUCAAGAUUCAUUAGUAAUUGUUUUAAUUGAUGAAGUAGAAAGUUUAACCCAUGCAAGGAGUUCUCAUAGUGGUGUUGAACCAUCUGAUGCCAUCCGAACAGUAAAUGCUGUCAUAACCCAGCUAGACAACCUGAAACAAUAUUCAAAUGUCUUGAUCAUGGCAACUUCAAAUGUGACAGAAGCCAUUGAUUUGGCAUUUGUAGAUCGUGCUGACAUUAAACAAUACAUAGGCCCUCCUCCAGUGAAGGGAAUCUAUAAAAUACUCACAUCCUGCUUGGAUGAAUUGAAGAGAACAAAUAUUAUUUCACAAUCAGAUGGCUUACAUUCGUAUGAUUUUAUCACUACUUCAAACCGUACAGUUGUUGAUGAUAAUAUUGCAGAUAGUCUAACUCUUCUACAAAUUUCAAGAGAUUGUGAAGGUCUCAAUGGGAGAACACUCAGAAAACUUCCCUACCUGGCUCAUGCUCUCUUCAUUCAGAAACCUUCCUCCUCUUUGAAAGAUUUUCUAGAAGCUUUAGCAAAAGUUGUUGUCAAGCACAAAAAUGAUUUAAAAGAUAUGAAGAGUGGUACAGCAUAAAAAAUGAGGUGUUACGACUUGUUUUUGUUGCUGCUUUUAAUUGUUUCAUGUGAUUAUUUCUUUUUGUUUUGAUUCCUGUUAAUUCUUAGACUUUUACAAUAUGGAAAAAGUAUAAAUAGAUCAUUUUCUUUUUAAAAA